CGAGGACAGUUGGUUGCCUUUCGUAAUGCGGUAUUUCUUUCACGAUCAUAAUCCAAAUUAGGGCUCUUCCGCACUUUCUCCUCCCUCUCUCUUCUUCUUCUCUUUUGUUCUCCUUCCAAAUGAAGAGUCCCAGCAGCAGCAGUAGCAGUAACCGACGAGCCAGCAGCGGCCACCGCAACAACAAUAACAAUGCAAGCAUCGCGGUGUGGGAAGAGAACACCAUGGCCAUCCUCGACUCCUCCGGCAUCAAGGAUUCUCGCGACGUCCACGACGACCGGCUCUGCUUCUUGGAAGCUGUUCGAUCUGCGUCGCUCGCGUCCGAGUCGCCUUCUGCUCCCUCCUGGAGGAUUUUUGACGCUAUCUUCCAGAUUCUCACGGACUGCAACUCUCUUGAACUAGCCAUGGCUAGUUUUCAGCUUCUCAUUGAGUUGGAUAAGCACUAUCCUCGAGUAUACUUGUCAAAAUCAGACGAACUUGAAUCAUCAUCCAGUGAUAUAAGCAAGCUUGUUGUGGUUAAAGAGGCAUGGUCACCAUUUAAUCUUGCAUCAGGCAGUGAAGAGGGAGCUGCUAAGGACUCGUGCUAUUUGUUUGACCCAUUGAGGUUCUCUAACUUGAUAGAUGACAUGGCUCAAGCGGUUAAAAACUUGGACUUUGAUUUCGCGGUCAAGCCCGUACAAAAUUCACUGGUGUUUCAAUAUCUUGUAAACGUCGUAGAGGUUGAUCUAUUACUUCGUCUUAAUUUAUACAAAGAAACACUAAACUGGUCACUUCUUAGGGAAUCAGUAAUGAAUCUUCUAUUGGGAUCACGAAAGUUAAAUUUUAAGAGUGUAGUUAGGGAUUGCAUGUCCAUUUUGCUUAGGAGGUGCCAUCAUAGUAUAUCAAAUAAUGUUCAGCAACUGAGGAAUUCUGAAAGCACAUGCUGCUCCCAAUCAGAUCAAAAUUCUAAGGUUGCUGUAGCAAUUGCUAUUUCUCAACUAGAAAAGGAAACUUGUGUUUCUAUACAGAAAUUUGUUGGGCUGGUUAUUGAGCUUGAUGCAGUGAGAAAAGAGGCAGAUUCUCUUGGACAAACUUCUCGUUUUGAUGGUCUUAGGCUUCCUAUCACUGAAUUUAUUGUGGAGGAAUUAACUUACAACAAAGAUAAUUUUGCCCCUUUACUUCUGGUCUUCUCUGAACCUAAAUGGAAGUUGGAGAUAAUUUUGCUGUACUUUUCAAAGUAUUUAAUCAAGCCCUCUGUUCGAACUCGUAGAUCGAAUGACACACCAGUUGAUGUGACAUUGGAAAGUGUUCUAAGCAACUUCUCAACAACUGCAAGUACAAAGAAUAUCGUGAAAAAAGUUUCUUCUGACUUAGCCUCACUGCUCCUGGCUCAUGCUUUUCAGGCCUGUCUCUCCCUAAUACGUGGUCCUAGGCAGAUUACUAAUUCUACCGAACUUAUUGGUGCAAAUCUUUUAGAGAUCUGUAGCAAAUUAAUUUCUGCUAUCAAAAUCAUCAGGAGAGUUGAUGGGAAGUUGGAGAUUACAUCCUUCACCAAGGAAGCUCUGUUUACUGCAGCAAUGAUUCUGAAAACAAAUGCUUAGCUGGUUUUGUGAAGAGAUCUCUAUAUUGUUGGUUUUGCAUUCUCCAAGUGCCUUUUUUUUGUUCCUGAUACUUUUUCCUUUUAAUUAGAAAGUGGAUAAAAUGAACAAACAAUGGCUUUUGAGCACAGAUUAAAGAUUAGAGAUCUUGCAUCAA